AUGAACAGGGAAAGGAAAGAAGAAGGAAAGAAAGAGAGAGGGAAGGGAAGAGGAAAGAAGAACGGAGGAACGAGAAAGAGGGGGGAGAAGCACCCGGAGGCGAGAGGGAGCAGCGAGAAAGCGAGGGCGGGGGGCGGGAGGCAGACCAAAAGCGGACGGAGAGGGGAGGGGGAGAAGGGGGGAGAAGGGGCAGAGCAGAGAGCGCGUGAAGGGACGCAGGGCCAGAAAGGAGCGAAGGAAACCAAAGGGGAGGCGCGGGGGGGAAGGAGAGAGGCGCAAAAGACGGAAGCGACGGCGACGAGAACCCGAGCCGGCCAAGCGAACGAGGCGGGGCGAGGCCGGCGACCCGCGAGCGGGGAGAGCGAGGCGAGGAGAGAGAGGGAGAGGGCGAGGGCGAGGAACGAGGGAGAGGGAACGAGGGAGAGGCACAGGAACGGAAACGGAGAAGAAAGAAAGAAGAAAAGGCCAAAGAACAAGGGAAGAGAAGAGGGAAAGGGAAGGGCAGAAGGCAGAGGAGAGGCAGAAGGCAAGAAAGCGAAAGGAAAAGAGAGGCGAGGAAAAGAGAAGAAAAAAGGCCAAGGCAAAAAGCGAGGCGAAGGGCGGCGAAGGAGAGAGAAGGGAAAGCGGCCAGGGAAGGAAGAGAGAGAGAGGGGGGGGCAGGGGGAGGUGGGGGAAGGGCAAGGCAAAAAAGGGGAAAGGGAAAGAAGGGCAGGGGAGGCGAAGGGAGAAGGCGAAAGAGCGAGGGGAGAGCGGGCGAAGGAGAAGAGGGGGCAAGAGAGAAAGGGGGAAGAGAGAAGGAAAAAAAAAGAGCGCACAGAGAAGCCCAGAAGCGAAGCCCACAAGCCAAGCCGAGGCGGGGGGGGGCAAACAAAAAGGGGCGAAAGGCAAAAAGACGAAAAAAGCAGAAGAAAAGCGGCCAGAAGGGGAGAGGGCGGCGAAACCGGGGGGAGAGGGGCAAAGCCGAGGGGACGCAAGGCGGGCGAGCGGGGGGAGGGCGAGACCGCGAAAGACCGGGGGAAGAGGGAAAGCCGAAACGCGGGAGGGGAGAGGAAAGGGAAAGGGGAGCAAAAGGGCGGGAGACGGGGGGCGGAAGGAGAAAACGAGCCAGGGGGCCCGAAGAGCGGCGGGCAAAAGGGCGGCGGCGGCCGCGGGAAAGAGCGGAGGAGAAGAGAGGAGGGCGGCGAACCGAGGGGGAGGAGGGGGAAGGAAGGACGGAACGCAACAAGAAAGGGCGGGACCGGGCCAAGGGCGAAGGAAGCAAGAGAACCAGGAGGCCAGGAAAAAGAGGGAGGAGCGGCGCGGCCACCGGGAGAGGAGCGGAGGGGGAGGGGGAAGCAAGGCACGGAAGCGGGGACCGCGGGCCAAGGAGGGGGACGAGCGGGAGCGAGAGCAGAAGCAAAGGGGGCAAAGGCGGCGAAGGCGGCGAAGGGCGCCAGGGCCAAGGGGAAGGGACCAGCGACCGGGGCAGGGCGGGAAGGGGAGCGGCAGACCCCACGCGGGAAACAGAGAGACCCACAGGAAGAGCAGGGCGGAGGCCAGCAGGGAAGAGAGCGGCGGAGAAGAAGAGGGGCCAGCAGGAAGGGAAAGGACAGGAGGAGGAAGAGAAGCCGAAACAGCGCCCGAGGGCGGGGCAACGAGAGGGAAGGCGGGCAGACGCCCCGCACCGAACGGAGAACGGGAGGGAGCAGCGCGGGCCAAAAGGCGGGAGGGCAAAGAAAAAACAGCGCCGGGAGAAGCGGCGCGACCGGGCGGGCGGCGGAAGAGAAGAGACAGGGGGCGAGAAGCGGGGGCGGGGGGGAGAGAGCAGCAGAAAGGAGGAAAGGGGGGCGGGCACGAGACAGAAAAGAGGCAGCCAGAGCGGCGCCGGGAGAAGGAGCGAGGGAGGGGAAGGGAGCAGGGGAAGCCGCCGGGGCGGCGACCACAAGAGGGGAGGCCAGCGCCCCCGGGCCGGGAAGGGAGGAACGACCGGAGCCACAGAAGAGGCGGGGGCCCAAGAGCGACAGAAACACAGAGGACAGGGGACCGGGGGAGGGAGAAGCGGAGCCGGGGCGACGGCGGGGGACCGGGGGGGCGGGCGCCAAGAAGGAAGGCGCGCGGACCACGGCCGAGAGGGAGCAGCGAAGCGAGAGCAAGAAGCCCGGGGGGAAGAGGCGCAGAGACGGAACGACGCGAAAGAAGCCCCGGAGCAGGGGAGGCAAGGAAGCGAAAGCCAGAAGCGGAAAGGGCGCCCCGACCAGCAAGAGGGGGAGCCAGGGCAGGGAGAACACGACCCAAAGAGGCGGCACCCACCGGGAGCGGAGCAAGGCGGGCCGGUGGCGGGACAGAACGUGCCGGCGGGGAGCAGCAACCCAGCGCCCAGGAAGACAACACCAACAGGUGGGGAGGCCAAAGGAGAGCAAGGCGCGAGGGGACCCGCGGCAAAGGCGACCAAGGCCCGGCCAGGACUGGCAGCAAGACCGGAAAGACGAGCAAGGCCAGCGCCGACGGGAAGGACGGGACCGGGAGGGACAAGAGGGACUGCGCGAGGAGAGGGGGAGGAGGGCAAGGAAAGAGAAAGCGAAGAGAGACGAGGCGAAGAGCACAGAGACAGGGCGGGAGGCGAGAACGGAAACCAACGAGGCAGCGGAGAGGCAACCGGAGGCGGAGAAGCAAGCGGCGAAACGGCGACAAGGGGGGGCGGAGGAAGAGGCAGGCAAGGAGAGAGACCGAGGGCGACGACCCCCGCCCGCCCCGACCAGCGCAGGGGGGGAGGAAGCCCGGGCAAGGAAAGGCGGGGCGGCCGGGCGAAAGGGAGGCAGGGGGAGACCGAAGCAGGACCAGAGGGAGAAAGAAGCAGGACAGAGGCAGAGGCAAAGAAACAGCAGGACGGGAGGGAGCGAAGGGGAGGGAAGGGGGGGGGGAGAGGGGGGAAAGCCGGCAAGGAAAGAACGGAACGGGAAGCAGGGCCCCGGGCAGGGGAGGGGAAGGGAGCACGCGGCGGAAACAGAGACCACAAGACGGCGGGGGAAGAAGGCGGGGGGAAAGGGGGAGGGGGAAGAAGGAGGGAAGAAAGAAGAAGGAGAGGGCGAACCAAGAGAAAGAGAAAGCAAAGAGGCAGGGGAGAAGAAGGAGGAGAGGAAGGGAAGGAAAAGCAAGGGGAGGGAAAAAGGGCCGGGAGAGGGAGGGCCCGGGGAAGAGCAACGGACGGGGGCGAGGACGCGAGGGCGGAGAGGGCAGAGUGGGGAGGGCCCCAAGGCCCGAAGGGAACGGAAGGAGCGGGAGACACACGCACGGGCGAAGCGAAAAAAGGAAAAAGACGAGGGCAAGGAGGGCCCGCCAGGAGGCACCGAGAGAAGCGCGGCGAAAGGGGCAAAAGAAGAGCGGGAAGACCGCGGGGAAAGAAGCCAAGGAGCAGCACGGGGAGAGAACGACGGAAGGGACGAAAGAAACAAGAACAACAACGACGAAGGUCAGCAGCGAAAGAGAGGCCCGAAAAGGCGAAAACGAAGCGAGAAAGGCGGGGGGAAAGCGGUCGAAGAGGGGAAGGCGGAAAAGAAGCGGAGGUGGGGGAAGAGAGGGCCCGAAAGAACGAAGCCGGGGGGGAAGACCCGCAGAAGAAAGAGGCCUAAGGACGGGAGGAAAGCCAAAGCAACAGGAGGAGGGGAGCAGGGGGGGGGCGGCGAACGCCCCAGGAGGAAGGGAGGAGGGGCCAAGGGAAAGAGCCCCGGACCAAGGAGAAACAAAAGAAGAGAAAAAGAGGCCCAAGAAAAUGGAACACCAAGUGGACCAGAGGCGGCGCCAAGGGAGGGGGACGCACAGCGCGAAGGAAGGCGGCGGGACCGAGGAGCGGCGAAAGAAGCAAGAAGACGAGGGCCACAGAAAAGACCAGGGGGGGGAGGGCAGCGAGAGACCGGAACAGGGCAGGAGGGCCGGCGGGCGGGCGGGAAGCGAGGGGAGGGGAAGGAGGAAGGAGGCGGCGCCGCGGGGAGAAGAAAGGGGACAAAAAAGCCGAAGGCGCGGCGAGAAGAGGGAGAAGAGCCGGAGAGACGAGAGGAGAAGGAGCAGGACAGAGGAGGCGAGGGAGGGCGGAAGAAGCAGCAAGCCGAGCGGCGGGGGGACCAGAAAAAGGCGCACGAAAGAGGGGGGGCGCGCCCGAGCAGGAGGGGCGGAGAGGGGGAAAGAGAGCGGCGCGGGACAAAAAGGGAAGGCGCACGCGGGGGAGCCGGAGCCCGGGGGAGCGAAAGGGAGACGAGACGGGAACGGCACGGCGCCCCGAAGAAGAGCCAGAAAGGACGGGGGGGGAGAAGAAAGGAACAGGCCCAGAGGGAAAGGCAGGGGCAGGAGACACAGCAGGACGCCAGGGCAGGGCGCCAGCGGAAGCAGAAGAAAGAGGGGGCGAACCGGCGCGGGCAAAGGCAAAGGAGAGGGGCCGGCGCGAAGCGCAGCAAGCACGGGGGCGGAGGCGACAGAGGGAGCGGGGGGAACGAAAAGAAAACGGGGGGGGGAAGAGGCACAGGAGGGAGAAGAGCGGCACGCGCAAGAGGGACAGACAAAGCGAGAGAACAGAGAAAAGCGGGAGGCCCAGGACGGGGACGGGGCGGAGGAACCAAAGCCGCAGGAAAGCGGAGGGGCCAGGAGAAGGGGCGCGGACAGGGGCGGCAGGACCCCCGGGGAAGACGCCGCCAGGAGGAAAAGGGCGGAAGGGGAAGGGAGGCCCAGGGGCGCCAAGCGAGGGACCGGCAAGAAGACCGACAGCGGCCCCCAAGGCAACCAGGGCGCCAGGAGGAGGACGCCGGCCAGAACAGAAGCGACAAAGCCAAGAGGGACGCCGACAAGGAAAGGGAGGGCGAAGCGAGAGGGGGGGGGCGCGAAAGGGGAGGAAGCGAGGGACAAGGCCAACGCCAAGGGGGGAGGGCGAGGGGCAAGACACCGGGGGCCGAGGGAGAGAGCAGCGGCGAAGACACGACCAAGGAAGGGGGGGAGCAAAAGCCGGGCCGGCAGCAGCCCAGGCGGAGGACGCACAGAAACCCCGCGGACAGGGCCGCAAGCCGCGCGACGGACAACAAGGGGGGGAACGACGGCAACAAGGCGGCGCGGGAGAGAGCCAGCAGCGGAGGGGCGGACAGCAGGAGCCACAACCCCGGACGGGCCCCGGAGCAAGAAAGGAGGGAGGCCGGGAAAGAAAGGCCGGCGCGGAAAGGGCGGGAAGGGGGAAAGCAAGCAGGGGGCCGGGGGGAGCGGACAGGAAGCCGCGCAGACCGACCAAGGGAGGGACCGGAGAGGCAGGGCCGCGAGCGCCCGAAAAAGACAGGAGAGGAACGGGAGGCAAAGGGGCAGGCAGCCGAAAAGGAGGAGGCAGGGCGGGGCGCAAAGACGCACGGGGAGCAGACCAGAGGGCAAGGGAGGGACGGAAGGGGGCGACCGCGGGGACAGGCCCAGAAGGAGGGGGGGGGGCCAAAAGCAAACGGGGCGGGGCCGCAGCGGGAACGAGCCAGCCCGGAGAAGGGAGGGGGAAAAGAGCAGCAAGGCCGAAGGAAAGGGAGGGAGCAGGAGCGGGGGAAAACCCAGAGGGGGACGGGAGCCAGGAGAGGGGAGGGAGAGGCCAGGCCGAAGGGAGGAGGAAGCGACGAAGAAGGCGGGCAGGGCAGGGCCGGCGAGCACGGGAGGGGGAAAGACCAGAGGGGCCCGGGCGGCCAGAAGGACCGCCAGAGGCGGCGAAGGAGGAGGCGACAGGCGACAAGACAAGGGGGGGAGGAAGGGAGGGGAAAACGGCCGGGGAGCGAGCGGGGGCGCGGAGAAAGGCCGGAGCGAGGGGCCGAGCGGAACCGGAGAGCCCCGAACGCCCGGGGGAGCGAGCAGAGAAGGAGGGGAGGGAGCGGAGGACCCGGCCCGAGAAAACCCCGGGAGAGCGGCGGCGAGGGCGCGAGAAAGAGAAAGGGGGCCAACAGGGGGGCGAAGGGAGAGAAAAAGAAGGGCGGGGGGAGACGGCGGACGAGGAGAGAGGGGCCAGAAAGCGCAGAAGAAGGCCCGAGGGAGGCAGAGGGAACGGCGAGGGGAGGGCGCGGGAAGGAAGAACGCGGGGAGCGAGGCGCCACCGGAGCCAGAAAGGACGAGCGAAAGGGAGGCGGGGCGGGCGAGAAGCGCCAAGGGCAGCAGAGGAAGGACAAAAAACGGGCGCGGGCGGAGACGGAGAAGGACGAGGGGCACGGCGGGGAGGGGGAGAGGGGCGACGAGGACACGGAGGAGACCGAGGGAGACAAAGACCGCGACGAGGGGCGCGCGGGAAGACAGAGAGGCCAAGAAGCAGAGCGGGGGGGGGGACGGAAAGGGGAGCCCCAAGAGCCGGAGAGAAAAGAGGCAGAGGAGAAAACAGAAGGAAACGGGCCGCCACGGGAGCCGCCAAAGAGAAGGGGACAGGAACAGCCAGGGGAGCGCCAGCAAAAGCGGCAGGGAACCCCGGACAAACGAAGGGAGGGAAACAAAGAGCACGCCCCGCCACGAAAACGGGCGGGAAGGCCGGGAGGCCGAAGCGAGGCAGAGGGGGCGCGCGAGGCAGCAAGACAGGAGGCCCCGGCAGAACGGCGGGAAGGAGGGCCCAGACAAGCGGGGCGGGGCCCGAAGGGGACGCGGAGCAACCCCGAGGGGCGAAGCAAGAGGGGGGCGAAGGAGACCGCGAAGGACAAAGGGCGGGAAAAGCGCGAGGGCGAGGGCGCGAGGCAAGCCACAGCGAGGGAAGGAAAGGGAAGGGCCCACGACAAGCACAGAACGGCCGGAAGAAGCGACGCGGGGACCAAGCAGAGGGGCGCGAAAGCGGCCCGCGGGGCCCGCAAGGAAAGCCGAAAAGGACGGGGAAAGGGGAGGAGGACCGGCCCGCAGGGGGGGCCGCGGAGGCCAGGAGCCAGAAGGGGAGCCACAGCCGCGGGGACGAAGGGCGCGGGACACAGGACGAAGGCGCCGGGCGGAGAGCGACGGGGGGAAGAGAGCGGGAAGGGGAGGGGGCCGAGAGAGAACGCGGCGAGAGAGGGCAGGAAGAGCCGAGCGCAGGAGGGGCCCCCCAGCGAGCGGAAGGAGGGGGCGCAACGCAGGAGGAAGGACGGGGAAGAGACACAAAACCAGCCAGGCGGGGGCGAGAGGGGGGCGAAGAAAAGGCGGAGCCAACGCCAGACGGCGAACCAAAAAAGCCGGGCGGCGGCCAACGGGGCGAGCGGCCCAGGCAGGCCCGGGGGGCGCGGCGGCCCCCAAAGCGGGCCAGGCGAGGAACGAAGGCGCGAGAAGAAGGCGGAAAGCGAGAGCGGCGAAGGGGGCGCGGAGAGCACCCGCACCCGGAGAAAGGCGCGAGGGCGAAAGGGAGCGAAACCGGGGGGAGGAAAAAAAAGGGGGAGGCGGGAGGGCCAAGAGGGGAGGGCAGAGGCGAAGAAACCCCGGAAGCGGAAAAAAGGGGGGGGGGAGGGAGGGGCCGAGCAAAAGAAAAAGGGGGAGAGGAGGCGAGAGGAGCGCCCCCCCGGCGAAAGCGGACGGGAAGGGGGCCGGGCAGCCGGCGCAAGGAGGGACACCAAAGAAAAAAAAGAAAGACAAGGAGGGCGCGGGGCACAGGCGAGAAAACCCAAAAAGAAAAAAGGGCGACGCCGGACGCAAGGGCCCAGGGAAGACGAAGCAAGAGGGCAGGGAGCCCGCCGGGCGGAGGCAGGGAGGAGGGGGAGAGGGCGGAAGGCGGGGAAGGCAAGGACGGCAAGGAGAAGGAGGACAGAAAGGAAAGGGAAAAGGCGGGAGGAGGCGACGGCCCCGCAAAGGAGCAAGCCGCGACCGCGGAAGAAAGAAAGGAGGACCGGGGAAGGCCGAAGGGAGGACGGGGCGAGAGAGGGGGCCAGGCGAGCGGGAGGGCCCGACGGGACCGCGACGGGGAGGCCACGACGCCCGGGCCCGGAAAAAAAAAAAAGAAAGCCGCGAGGCGAGAGAGAGACGCCGCGAACCAGGCCAGAGGGGCGGACGGGAACAGAACAGAAGGUCGGGGCAAAAGAGGGGAAAGAAGGGGGCAGGCCACAAAACAAAAAAAGGCGGGGGACGAGGGACAAACAAAAAGCCCGAGGGAGGGGAGGGGGACGAAAGCGACCAGAGAGCAAGUGCCCGGGGAGGGGGGAGGAGGGACGACAGCCCAAGGCGGAGCGGCAGGGAACGCGGGCCAAGCGACAGGGCAGGGCCAGGGCAGCCAAGGGAAGGGACGGGGAGGACAGGGCGAGGCGGAAGCGGGAAAAGCAAAAGGGCGAGCAAAGCACACAGCGCCAGGAGACGAAGCCCGCGAAGCGGGAGAGGGGGAGCGAAAGAGUGCGCCAAGAGAACGAGGAAGACGGGGAAAGACCACACAGGGGGGACGGGGCAGUGCGAGGGGGAGAGAGCCCAGGGAGACCGGCGGAGCGAGAAGCAAGAAAGGCGACGCCGCAGGGGGCACAAAAGGGGGGCGGCGGGGCAGCGCGAGGACGCGAGAAGGGCCACAUAGCGCAAAGGCCAUCGGGGGAGGCCAAAAAAGGCGGGCACAAAAGAAGCCAGCGGGGGCCGGAGGAGAAAGAAAGGAGAGGGGGGUGGUACCGCGCCAACGAGCGCGCCAGGCGGCCAGGAGGGAGGGGCCAAGCACGGAGGGGGGGGGAGAAAACGAGCCAAGGGCGCAGCGGGGAGGGGGAGAGCGAGCGAGCAGAGAAGAAAAGGAGGGAGCAGGCCGAGGAAGCGGGGCCGAGGAAGCGGGAAGGGCGGCGCAGAGACAAGAAAGGAGGCAGGGCCAGAGCGUAA